AUAACAUCAAGUACACCGAUGACAGCUACGGAGAUGUAUCAAAUGAACAAAUACCCCCCAUGGAUCGAUAAUGGAGAGAAAGAGACCACAACCACCUUGAUCUGGGGUUGGUGAGAGUGGGUCUUACGCGCCUCUGACCCGUUGGCCAUCACAGCAAUUUCUGACCGAAGGACCACCGCAGAUGUAGUGGCGCCUUGAUAUAUAAGCCUAGUUGACCCAUCGAUCUGGGCACCCCGAAGUCAUGUAAAUACCUUCGUCAUCUCUCGUUAUCUAUCGUGACAAGUUUUGUUUUCUUGUUGCACACCAAUCUUCCAUUCACGACCAUGCAGUCGUUUCGCCAAUAUAAACAACUCAGACAAGCAGUCCAGAAACAACUGGAAAGAGACACAGAUAAGGCCAAGGCACUUUCGGCAUACACUCAGCAACAUGGACUCGACAAGCAUGAAGAGUCCCAGAUCUUCGGUGGCCAGCCUCUUGAGGAAAUCGAGACACCAAGCCGUGAUGAGGAAUCAUAUGACGAGCAAGAAGCACUUGAUGCGAUAGUCGAAGACGAGCUGGAAGACUCUUACCCUCAGGACGACAACCAGAACGCACUCAACAGGAUCCACACAUCUAGGAGCCAUCACGCCGAUUUGGCACGAACAAAAAGCGAAAACGCCGAUCU